AUGGAGCCGUUGACCCGUUUAAUUAUCAAUACACGCCUGAAAUCAAAGAUCGAUUGUGAUGAAUAUGUGAAAAAGCUGGCAGUGGACAUUAUCGCGCAUUAUGCAUUGGGAAAUUCGGAGAAUGGCCAGGUUGUUCAAGAAACAAUAAAUGCUCUAAAGAGUAUGAUGUCUGUGAAUGAUGUAAUGGCGUUUUCGGCAUUGUGUGAAAAAGAUAAAAUCGAAUCAUUAUCGGGUAUCCGAGAGAUUGUAUGCGGAAUGAGAGCGUUCAAUAAAGAUGCCGGCCACUGUGGUGAAGGAAUUGUCGACCUCGAAAAGACGGUUCGCAGCGGAUACAAAACAACCAAAUUGCAGCUGUGUACGUCAUUGAAAGAGAUCACGGACAGGACUGAAUUGUUAAUGGCACCACUCGGGAAGCUAGCAUCGUUCGAUAUGCUUUCGAGCUUGAUUGAAAAUAACAAUAUCAUCAAAUCAAUUACAUUAAAUCGCCAAUGUGAGCGUUUUUUGUACGAUUUAUUGAACACACUGGCCGAUCAUCAAAAGCACAUCGACCGUUGUUUGAAGAAUUUUCGCAGUCAAUUGAACCGGAUUCACGAAAUUGUGAAAUUCCGUACGGCAAUACCAAUCACCAGCAUAUUCCCAAAAUUCAUUGAGCUGGCAAAGUUAUGGGAGCAAUUACAACAUCAAACGUACAUUUUAUCCGAGAUAAACACGGUCAAUGAGCAAUUGAUGCUUCUUGCACACAAUCAUUCGUACAGCAGCUGUGUAAGGGAUCUACAAGCAUUGACAACGUCACCGAAUUAUGGUGUUAACGGCGACGUUAAUGGAGAUAAGAGCAGUUAUGGUGCAGGCCAAAAGGUUGGACAACCGAAAAUUAUGAACGGUUCAAACAAUGAACAGAUUAAAAUUGUUCCAUACGAACUUAAUUUAAAGAUUGAAUAUGAAGCAUUUUGCGCAUGGACUCUGUCUCUCGCAAGUGGUGGUGGAUUGUUGUUGCCUGCUGAUCUCACCAAUGGCUUAGUUCAAUUUAAAAAUCAAUAUUAUGCAUUUAGUACCGUGGCUGCAGCUGACUGCUUCAUUCAAAACCCUGAGACAUGUGUGGCCAAUAUAAAUGAGACGAUUUGUCGAAAUCCUGAACUAGCACUAUUUUUUGAUAUGUACGAUUUACUGGAACAAAAUGGAAUCAAACCAAACCAAAAUACUUACAAUUAUGACCAAAACACCAUGGACAGACUAGAACAAUGCUCAGUUGGAAUUCAAACGGAUGUCCAUCCCGUUCCAUUUGCAAAAGAUAAAAAUUAUGCAUGGAAUGUGUGGGAUAUGCGGCGAGAAGCCAUAAAAUUGGCAAAUCUUCAAAAUUAUCAAACAAAAUCCACACAAACCAGCUGCCAAUCGUCGUUUGGCACACAAACCGAUCGCUAG